GGUUCGAUGGAGCCAGUGGAGUUGAUGUCGCGAGUCUAAAAGAUCGUUGAUUGAAAUCUGCGCUGGUGAGUUCGGAUCGUGAGAGCUCGUUCUAGCUUUGCCGACUCGCAGACCUUCAUAUCAAUAGGCAGCAUGUCCGGAAUCCCCGACGACACUUGGCGACCGCCCCAGGUCGUCCUGGAAACUUCGAUGGGGGACGUUGUCGUAGAGCUGUACUGGAACCACGCUCCUCUGACUUGCCGAAACUUCGCGGAGCUCGCUAGGAGACGAUAUUACGACGGGGUGAAGUUCCACAGGAUCAUCCCAGACUUCAUGAUCCAAGGAGGCGACCCCACCGGCACGGGUCGUGGAGGCGCCAGUAUUUACGGCCAAACAUUCCAGGAUGAAAUCCAUCCCGGUCUCUAUCAUACAGGGGCCGGGGUCCUCUCGAUGGCAAACUCUGGACCGAACACGAAUGGAUCCCAGUUUUUCAUCACAUUGGGACCAACACAAUGGCUUGACGGGAAACACACGAUUUUCGGACGAGUCCAUUCGGGGCUGACGGUCGUGAAACGAAUCGGCCAAGUCGCAACGGAUGCGGAGGAUAGGCCUCAAGAGGAUGUGAAGAUAACGAAAGCUUAUAUACAGGGUGAAAGGGAUGGCUUCCGAGGCGCACUCAUUGAACAAUAUUUCGCUUGAACACUCCGUGUGAUACUCGAGUGCCGACUACCGACGUCUCGAGUUUUUAGUUUCUCAAUCGCAGGCUUCGUGUAAAUAAAAAGAGAGUCGUCCGCGACUUUGUA